GCUCGUCUCUCACCGCCUACUGGCUAUACCAGUACUUGGCUCAUCCAUCGCUGGCCAAAGCGUUCGUCUCUCACCGGCACACACACGCUUCUCCGUCUCCAAAAACCCUCUCUGCACGGGCACGCCAUGGACAAUCCUCCGGCCGGCAACGUGGUCAAUCCUCCGGCAGCGGCGGCGGCGGGCAACAACGUGGCCGAUCCUCCUCCUCCUCCUCCGGCGGCGGCAGCAGCAGCAGACAUCGUAGCCGAUCCUCCUCUGGCGGCGGCGGCGGCAGCAGCAGCAGCAAACAACGUGGCCAAUCCUCCAGCGGCGGCGGGUCCUGCUGCAGUGGAUGCCCGGUGGAAGGAGGACAAGACGCAUGCCAUCAUAAUUCUGGUCGCUGCGGCGAUCGCUCUGCUUCUUGUGGUGCUGUUGAUUAUCCAUCCGUGGAAGAAGUAGAGAAGACUAGUCAUUUGCCGGGUCAGGUUUCCGAUGGUAAGAUGGGAGCACUAGAAUGAAUAAAUAGAUCAUCCGAAAUGAACCUGGUAAUAUUGUGACGCGUCUUGGCCAACUGCGUGCAUUUAGCUCAAGUCCAGUGUUUGAAGUUUGAACAAAGCUUGUAAAUUCCAGCAGUCAGAGUGUCCUUCCUCCAAGCUUGGGUACAUCAUAUUGUCCACAUCAAGCAGACCAUGGUAUCAAUAUGGCUCAGGCACAGGCCACCUGUAUUCACGAAUUUUACUGCUGUCUUGCGUUCAAAAAGCCAAAUCAUUUAGCUCUGCAUGCAUCA